AUUAAAGUCAGGUCCUCCAGGUUGAAUGUAGCAUGGAAUGCUCUCUGCACUGGUGAACAAGAGCAAAGUCACUCAGCAGGUACUGAUAUAGUUCAUGGUAGAUGGUAUUUAUUAUAGAAUUGCAUAAUUGAGUAAAAUCACGCAUUCUGAUUGGUUAACGAAGAGAGGUAUUCAGUGUGGAAUUGCGAGUUGAAAACGAGGCUAAGGGAUUUUUUUCGCAUCUACGUAACAACUAUCGUCAAAUUGAAACACAACAACUGCAAAAAAGGUUUUCUACAAUGUCAUUUUAAAAUGUUUUCAAAAUCAUUGUCACCUUUUGUAUAUCCUUUCUUAACAUACUGAAAUGUCGCCUGGUCCUCCACCUACUGUUCCAACCUAAACUGUAUUUACGUUUUGCAAAAGCGUCUAGUGCGGCUCAUAACAAAAGCCCACUAUCUAGCAAAUACCGCCCCUUUGUUUAGCCAGUUUUUAGUAAACACAGUACAAAAACAAGGAAACAUAAUGCAAAAAUAAGGAAAUAAAGUGCGAAUUUCUCAGACAAUGAAAACCUGUGAUUGGCUAAUAAAUAAUCAGUGUUCUCCAGAAGUGCGGGCAACUGGCAGUUUCACUGGGAACUCUUUUCCAAAGUGCUAGCUACUCUUAUGAGUCAAAACAUAAAAAAAACUGUCUGUAACUUUUAUCUUCAAUUUUUCGUAAGUUCCAUUUUUUUUUCGCUGAAGGAUAAAACGGCACCAAAACAAAUCGUGUUAAUUCAUUUCUUAGAAUACUAGAACAUGCAAUUUCAUCGGAAAAAUAACAAACAAACAAAAAGCCACAAGAGCUUGUUUGAAAGUUUAUCGAAAAACACAUGAAAAUACAUGGAACUAAAGUGCCUUGAACAGCUACAAAAGAAGACAGGUGUUGUUUAUUCAUGGUUGUGAAGCCACUCGCUGAGGCACUUGCCGAUAGAUAGCUGCGGCUUGUUUAUCCGACAUGAAGAAUAUAAAUCACAAGCAACUAGAAUACACGCUAUGCAGCCAUUCACUACAGCAAUCGAGGCGUCAGUAAAGCUUCUUUUCUUGUUCAGCAAAACCAGCUUGUGGCUUCAAACAACGUCAUAACAAGCGACCAAGGUAAUAGUUUUUCUCUGUUGUUCUUACUUUUGUAACUGCUCCAAAAAUCCAAAUUCACAGUAAUUUUGAUGGCUGUUAAGAAUUAUUUUUCUUCACGUUUUUUUAGCUGUCCCGCUGUGUAAAAUCCUAGAAUCUCGAUGAGUUUUUAAAAGUGUUCAUCUUUACAAUGUUUUGAUUUUUCAUUCAUCCAGUCCAGGCGAGUCGGUUCAUGCGUUGACACUUCUGAUAGACAUGUGACAUGUGAAUAGCGAAACUCCCUUGUCUUUUCUGGUUUGUUCUAACAAGAUUCAAAGGGAUUUUGUGGGCGUUUUAAAUAAAAUAAUUAUUCCACUUGCGCUUGUUGGAUGAGAUGAUUAUUGCCAACUCAGCGCUAUGCGUCUCGUUGGCUAUUUUCCAUCUCAUAUCCAACGUGCCCUCGUGGAAUAAUUGUUAAUUAUAAAAUAACUAAGAUAGUACGUGCAUUCUGAUUGGUUAAAAACCAAUAGUUUAUUGUGCCGGUAAAAUCAUAGAAUACUGAAACAUACUUUAAAGUUAUUUUAUAAAAGUAAAAGACCACAUUUUCUAAAGGUUUGCUGGUGUGAUAACCCACUUGGGAUGUUGGGAGAAGACUGGAAAAGCUUGUAAACCACCAGCUUAACUUCUCAGAUCUCUGGGUCUCAUGCCCCCAAACCCCCCCUUAGAUACGGUACUCUCGCUUUACCAGCACUUGGUAUCAGGCACCAGUUACUUUACAUUGGGAGCUGGCUACUUUAAAACUUCUGGAGAACACUGAACAAUAGAAAUAUAUAAGAACCAAUGAGCCUCAGGUGUCACAAUCUGCUUGCUUAUCUUCUUAGCCAUGGAAGAACAUGAAAGUCAGGUCCUCCAGGUUGAAUGUAGCAGAAAAUGCUCUCUGCUUGGUGAACAAGAGCAAAGUCAAUCAGCAGGUACUGAUAUAGUUCAUGGUAGAUGGUAUUUAUUAUAAAACUUAAUAAUAUACAUGAAAAAAUUUCUUGAAUGAGAUUGGCUUAGAGCAGUGCAGUUUUUAGUAAACACAGUAAAAAAAAACAAGGAAACAUAAUGCAAAAAUAAGGAAAUAAAGUGCAAAUUUCUCAGAGAAUGAAAACCUGUGAACAAUCAGUGUUCUCCAGAAGCGCAGGCGACUGGUGGUUUCGCUGGCUACUCUUAUGACUCAAAACAGUAAAAAAAACUGUCUGUACCUUUUAUCUUGAAUUUUUCAGAAGGUCCUGAAAGAAACAAAAACAAUAGCUUGUCGUACAAAAAGCUCUUUGGUGUAUGACAAUUUGCCUUUUGCUAAUGGUAUUAUCUAUAUAUUUACUGAAUGAUUUUUGAUGAGACAUUGCCAGAUAAUAUUUUUUAAUUAUAAAAUAACUAAGAUAGUACAUGCAUUCUGAUUGGUUAAAAAGCAAUAGUUUAUUGUGCUGGUAAUCUCAUAGUAAACUGAAACAUGCUUUAAAGUUAUUUUAUAAAAGUAAAAGACCACAUUUUCUAUGGAUUUACCAGCAUGAUAACUCACUUGGUUCUUGGGAGAACUCUGGAAAAGCUUGUAAAUAACGAGCAAAACUUCUCAGAUCUCUGGGCUUAAUGCCCCCAAACCCCUCCCUUAGAUACAGUACUCUCGCUUUAUCAGUGCUUGGUGUCAGGCACCAGUUUCUUUGCUUUGGGAGCUGGGUACUCUAAAACUUCUGGAUAACACUGAACAAUAGAAAUAUAUAAGAACCAAUCAGCCUCAGGUGUCACAAUCUGCUUGCCCAACUUAUUAAGAUUAUAUCUUAUCUUCUUAUAUUAGCCAUAGACGAACAUGAAAGUGAAGUCCUCCAACUUGAAUGUAGCAUGGAAAGCUCUUUGCCAGGUGAACAAGAGCAAAGUCAUUCAGCAGGUACUGAUAUACCGGUAGUUGUUUAUGGUAGAUGGUAUUUUAUUAUGAAAGUUAAUAAUAUACAUGAAAAAAUUUCUCUGUGAAUUUGAUUGGCAUAGAGCAGUGUACAUUUUAGUAAACACAAUGCAAAAACAAGGAAACAUAAUGCAAAAAGAAAGAAAUAUAAUGCAAAUUUAUCAGAGAAUGAAAAACUGUGAUUGGGCCAAUAAACAAUAGAAAUUUAUCAGAACUAAUUAAGUGCCACAAUUUGCUGGUGGGAAGCAUGUAUACUUUUAAAACUUCCCCCUUUUUGGUGUAAUUAAUUAUGCUCUGUUGUCUUACCUAAGUAAUCUUUCCUUUUUCUUGUAACACUUUUUUUCUCAAUAUUUUAUUUUAUGAAUUUACCUGAUUAUUUUUAUUUAUUUAUUCAUUGUGGGUUGUUUUUUUUUUCAUUUUUGUAACCAAGAUUUUGAAAUUAAUAAAGGUGUGGGUGGGCGUGUGUGUGUAUCAAAUAAGAAUGUUAAAACUUUCAUAUAUAUAUUUUUUACAUGGACUCAAAAGAGCAGCUAUAUAUAAUGAGUGAUUUUGUUACCUCUGCAUUCUAUCUAUGUUCCUGACACAUAAAAAUCGCCAAAGACAUAAAAUAAUUCAUGGGUAUAUCGAUCUGAACGUGUGUAUUUGUAGAAAUAUCCCGUACGUGUAAUUUCUGUGGCAGUUAUGGUUGUUGUUUAGUGAUGCAUAUUUGUUUUAGCCUUUGUUGACUUCUGCUUUAAAAUAGAAGAACUAUAUUUUAAUUUCAGUAUACUAUAAUACAGAGUUUUGGAGUGUGUCUUCAGAUUAACUGUCUGUGGCUGGUACAUAAAGGCCCAAACAUUUGCCAUUUUGGACUCAUUUUUUUUAACAGGGACUCAUUGGUUCUGGACUGGGACUCAUGAUUUCUCACAAGCUGAGUCCCAGAAUUCAUCACAUUUAUUUGUAACAAAAACACUGUAUAAUUCAUUGAUUAGACCUUUUGUCAUGUAAUUCAAGUGUUGUUGUUGUGGUAAACAUGACAAGUCAUCAUGUCUGUACUUAAUUCUCCAUGACUGGAUUGUAGGAUUUUUGUUCUGUUUGUAUUUGAUCUUGCAUUAUUAUUAUGGGAAAACUUACCUUAGGGUUGCAUUACUUUGACUAGGACAAAGUUAAAAUACAUUGAAUUCUCAUAGAGAUAAUUAUUUUUUGGAUUAUAAUAAUGAGUUCAUUGGUUGGGUCACUCCCAUUAUAUUUGAUGACUGGUUUAUGAAAUAUCAGCACUUAGAAAAUGAUUGUCAAGGUUGUUGUAUUAUCCGAAGUUUCAAAAGUAGAAAUAUUGUGUAUUUUCUAUUUGAAAUCAGGUUUUGAGAACACUUCCACAGAUACAGCUUUAUAAUAGUAAUUCUUGUACAGUUAUACAAGCAUGCAGUACUAGGGUGCGAAGAAAAGGAGGUCAGUUUUGUGCUUGUCCUUCGGGAAGGCUGUAGCUUGCAUCCAUCAGCUUGCAUCAUUAUCCAUCAGGCAAGAUAAAAAAUAGAAUCCACUAGCCCCAUAGCUUAUAUGAAUUGUGUAGUUGGUUAAUACAAAUAAUUCAUUUACUAGGAGAAGAGUUGGAACAACACACUCCUGCAGUAGAAAAUGGCCCAAUUGAGGGAGCAAGCAAUGUGCAGGAAACACAGCAACCUCUUCCAGAAGUAAAUAAUAGUAGCCACUUAGAAGAUGACCGCCUAAUUGCUAGAGCAAGGGCAGUUGGUGUGGACUAUGAGUUUCCAAAGCCUGGUGAAGUGGAAACGGAGGAUGACAGAAGAAAAGAUUUUAUUUACUUGAAUCAAGUCCAUUCCUUUUUCUCUCCAACAACAAUGAUAUAUUAA